AUGGGGUUUGGUGGUGUUUGGAGUGCUUGGAUUAGAAAUUGUUUAACAUUCUCAAAAUUCUCGGUUCUUGAUAAUGGGUCUUCUUGCGAAAAAGGUUUAGGUCUUGACAAUGGAGAUGUAGUUGUUAAAGCUGUGAUUAGUGUUCCAACUUGUUAUAAUAAUUCUCAGAGAUUAGCAACUAAACGAGCAGCAACAAUGGCUGGCUUUGAGGAUUCACGUCUUAUUAAUGAAACUUCAGCAACUGCACUUGCUUAUGGAUGGCUUAAGAAGAUGAAAUCAAGACAAGACCAAAAGCAGCAUGGUGUUGAAGCAAGAAUCCCUCAAGAAGAUGAAGAGAAUGUGUUGAUAUUUGAUCUUGGUGGAGGGACAUUGAGUGUUGCGGUUGUCAAUAUCAAAGAUGGAUGGAAUACGUAUAAGGUGAAAUCUGUAGCAGGUGAUACUCAUCUUGGUGGUAAAGAUUUCACUGAUCUUUUGUAUCGACACUGUUCUUGUAACUACAAUAAUUCAUUUCGUCUCAGAUCUAAGAGCAGUUUAAGGGAAUGCAAGGAAUUGUUUGAUAAAUGUCAGGAAGCAGUUGUCCAGUGUCUUCAAGUUUCAGGGAUUUCUCAAUUUCAUGAAGUUAUUCUUGUUGGUAAAAGUACAAGAAUUCCGAGGAUUCGAGAAAUUUUGAGAGCGUUUUGUAGUGAUGAACAAGGAUGUUGCGCCGCUACGUUAAGUACUAAAAUAGUUCAAGAAGUAACUUUUAGUGGUGAGGCAAAGAGUUACCCUACAAUGUUGAUUCGAAGUGUUACGGAUACAUGUCAUUGUGCUUCAGCGUUAUCUAACUUGAUUCCAAGUAACACAGUGAUUCCAACUAAAAGAACAGAGAAAGUCAUGGGUGUCAUUAGCUCAAUAAGUAAUCAAAGUAGAUUUUCUUUUGGUGUUUAUGAAGGUGAAGAGGAAAUGAUGGAGAAGAACAAUCUUUUUGGUUAUUUCAUCUUUGAAAUGGGAGAACCGAACAUUACAGUAAGUUUUUCUGUUGAUAGUGAUGGGAUUUUAAGUGUAACUGCUGCUGAGGAUGAAAGCCAUAGACAUUUAGCUAGCCGGGUGAUUAACAGAAGCCUAACGAAUGGCGAACUAUAUCAAUUUGGAAGUGAUAUGGAGAACCCAGGAUAUGAGUGGGAGGAGGAAAGUAAGAGACAGAAGCUAGAGGCGAAAAUGAAGGUGUGGCUCUUUGUUAACAAACAUAUGUCACUACAAGUGCCGGCAUUGACAGAUGCAAAGAAAUGGUUGGAGAAAAAUGAACUGCCGGAAGUAACAGCUUCUGAACUUUAUUUGGAAGAACUGCAAAGGAAAUACUUUCGGAUUUUAAUUGAGACUUUUGGAUUUUAG